GCAGAUACUGGAGUCUUAAUACAGCCGCUAAGGUAGCCCGAAAGAAAGGAUAAAUCUCCACUCGGAUACGGUAUUUAAGUGAUUGUCCAAAUAAUUUCUUGUUUAUUUGUGAAUAAAUAUAUUCGUCCUUACACGAUCAGAGCCUUUUGAAUUUAAAAUGAGUAGAAAAGGGAAAGUUGCAAAUCAUAUUUGAUAGAAAGGAUAUGCGUAACCCAGGGCUUCGGCAAGACCGCGGAGACUGAUGGGCACUGACUAAAUAUGCUGAUGGAUAAACCUGGUGAUGAGGUCAUGGCAGUUCUGUCCUGUUUUGUCUGCCUGAACUGGUCACCCAGGGACAAGAUUCCUCCUCUCAAUAAGGCAUCAGCUCUCGCUGAGUGACACCCCUGGCAACGACAGUGCAUCCUAAGCAGGUCACAGAAGGCCUGUUACAACAGGGCACUGGCAGUUUGCUCGGAGCUGUAGUGGUGAAGUUUCAGGUUUAUACAAUAUCAUACUAAGACCAUGGGUGAUAUGAAGACUCCUGACUUUGAUGACCUGCUUGCGGCCUUUGACAUUCCUGAUAUGGUCGAUCCCAAAGUGGCAAUCGAAUCUGGCCACGAUGACCAUGAGGGGCAGCUCAAGCACAGCGUUCCCCCAGAGGAGGACUCCCAUGUCCCCUCGGCUCCAGAUGUUGGGGUCAGUGUGAUCGUGAAGAACAUCCGCAACAUCGAUACCAGUGAUCACGCGCUUGCCGAAAAGGAGAUUCACCCCUCUAUGGGGAACGGGCUACACAAUGGCUUCCUUUCCUUGUCGCCCAGUGACCGAUUUGGCAAAGACAACGGGAAGACCCUGAAAGAUGACGGCCAUGGACUCCCCAUUAGCAACUCCUCAUUCAGCCAGUUCAGCCCCAUCUCCAGUGCGGAGGAGUUUGACGAUGAUGACAAAAUCGAAGUCGAUGACCCUUCAGAUAAGCAGCAGAGCCUCCCAGCUUUCAGGUCAAACCCCCUCACGGGAUCCUCUACCAAACGAGAGGAGGAGACGCCAAAAGUCGCAGCAGCUGACAUCUUGUCGAAGCCUGGUGCAAACGGCGACUUUGACAAGUCCAACACGGAAAACAACAAUAGCACUUUGGGUGGUUUGAACCUGUACAGUCUACAGAAACCAAGAAAAUCGGAAGAGCAGCCCAAGGAGGCGGUUUCAAAAUCAUCGGAGGGGAAGGAAGGCGGAGAUGUAGCAGGACUGAAUGCAUCCAGCGCCUCUCAAGCGAAGGCUAAGUCAUCGGCAAAGCUGUCCUCCUGCAUUGCUGCUAUCGCUGCUCUCAGUGCGAAGAAAGCCACAACCGACUCCACGGUCCCCGAGCUCCACGCUGCCCCCCGCGAGUCCCCCCCCAAGGAAGCUAAAGAGAGCGUCCGAGUGACAGAGAAGUCCCCGGAGCCCGAGUCCGCCCUGGAGCUUGCCAGGAGGAUGCUCUCCAAGCAGCCCGAUAGCCCCUGCAGCGUCACCAGCGAGGGUAGCAGUAAGGGCUCGCCCUCCUCCCAGACGGGGUCCAUCCCCGUCAUCCCCAAAGUCCGGAUCAAAACCAUCAAGACGUCGUCGGGCCAAAUCAAGCGCACCGUCACCAGGGUGCUACCGGUGUUUGACCCCGACGACCUCAAAAAAGGAACUGACUCUACCUCUAUAGUUGUCUCUUCCCUCCUCUCCUCCCCGACGGCUUCGUCUGUAUUCUCCUCUUCAUCCCGCACCACCCUGCCCACCACUGUGGUCACCACGUCUGGCAGUUCGACGAUGGAGGUCACCAAGCAGAUGACCAUCAAGCCAGUUGCCACUGCCUUCCUGCCCGUGUCUGCGGUUAAAACGGCUGGCUCCCAGGUUAUCAACCUCAAAUUAGCCAACAACACCACGGUGAAGGCGACUGUCAUCCCCGCCGCCUCCGUGCAGAGUGCCAGCAGUGCCAUCCUGAAGGCUGCCAAUGCCAUCCAGCAGCAGACAGUCAUGGUGCCCGCCUCCAGCCUUGCCAAUGCCAAACUUGUGCCAAAGACUGUCCACCUCACCAACCUCAGCCUCCUUCCUCAGACCUCUGGAGCCUCGACAGAGAUCCACCAGGUACUCGCCAAACCGCAGCAGUCCGUCAAGCAGGCCUUGAUCGCCACCCCGGCCCCUAAGAAGGUGUCCCGCGUCCAAGUGCUCGCCAGUUCCCAAAGUUCAGUGGUCGAGGCCUUCAACAAGGUCCUGAGCAGCAUCAACCCUGUCCCUGUGUACGUGCCCAACCUCAGUCCCCCUUCGGCGGCCUGCAUCUCCAUACCGUCGCGCGGAUACAAGUGUCUGGAGUGCGGGGAUUCGUUCGCCCUGGAGAAGAGCCUCACCCAGCACUACGACCGCCGGAGCGUCCGCAUCGAGGUCACCUGCAACCACUGCGCCAAGAACCUCGUCUUCUACAACAAGUGCAGCCUUCUCUCCCACGCCCGGGGUCACAAGGACAAGGGGGUGGUCAUGCAGUGCUCCCAUCUAAUCCUGAAGCCCAUCCCCGCGGACCAGAUGAUCGCCGCGCCCUCGCCCUCCUCCGUCGUCGCCACCGCCGCCGUCCACAACUCGCUAGGGAAGGCGGCCCCCGGCAACCUUAGCGCGGUCAUCUCUGCCCCCUCCACGGCGCCGGUGGUGGCCGCCAUGCCCCUGGACGACGACUCGUCAAAGCUCUGCAGGCACAGCCUCAAGUGCUUGGAGUGCAGCGAGAUGUUUCAGGACGAGGCGUCCCUGGCAAUGCACUACCAACAGGCCGUGGAGUCAAGUGGGCAGAAAACCUGCAACAUUUGCCUGAUGCUGCUGCCGAACCAGUGCAGCUUCGUGUCGCACCAGCGGAUCCACCAGCACAAGUCUCCGUACGUCUGUCCCGAGUGUGGAGCCAUCUGCCGGUCAGUCCACUUCCAGACCCACAUCACCAAGAACUGCCUGCACUACACCCGACGGGUGGGCUAUCGCUGCGUGCACUGCAGCGUCAUCUAUGCGGAUGUGGCUGCUCUCAAGUCCCACAUCCAGGGCACGCACUGUGAGAUCUUCUACAAAUGCCCCAUCUGCCCCAUGGCAUUUAAAUCUGCCCCAGGAACGCACUCCCAUGCCUAUACCCAGCACCCGGGUGUUAAGAUCGGAGAGCCCAAGUUGAUAUACAAGUGCUCUAUGUGCGAUACGGUGUUUACCCAGCAGACUUUGCUCUACUCACACUUUGACCAGCACAUAGCCAAUCAGAAAGUGUCUGUCUUCAAAUGCCCCGACUGUUCCAUGCAUUAUGCCCAAAAACAGCUCAUGCUGGAUCACAUAAAGUCAAUGCACGGGACUCUGAAGACCAUCGAGGGUCCUCCAAACCUGGGCAUUAACCUUCCGCUGACCUCCAAGCCCACGAACCCCAUGGCCCCCGGCCCCAACGGCAAAGAGGCGGGGGCCGUCAACGGGCUGGAGAAGGGGGAGAAGAAGCCGCCCUCCCCGCUGAAGAGGGCCAACGCCGCCGCCCUGCCCAAAAAGCCCCCCAACCCCGGCUGGAUGUGCCGGGAGUGUGACCGGCUCUUCACCCAGAGAGAGGUCUACAUCUCGCACGUGAGGAGGGAGCAUGGCAAGCAAAUGAAGAAGCACCCGUGUCGACAGUGUGACAAGUCCUUCAGCUCCUCCCACAGCCUCUGUAGGCACAACAGAAUCAAGCACAAGGGUCUACGGAAAGUGCACUCCUGUCCUAAACGGCUGGUUCUGGAGAAGCCAACCCAACCCAAAGACACAGAGGGGACCGCAGUGACCGACUCGGCCAACAUGGAGGAUGAGAAGGACUUUUCCCAGGCCUCCAGCCCGAAGCGCAGGCUUGAGGAGCCGAGCGAGCCCCGGUCGCGGGGGUCGGCCGCCCCGCAGCCCCUGAAGAAGCUGAAGAUCAACGUGUUCAAGGUGCAGAAGUGCGCGGUGUGCAGCUUCGCCACGGAGGACAUCCUGCAGUUCCACGAGCACAUCCCGCAGCACCGCUCCGACGGCUCGUCCCACCAGUGCCGCGAGUGCGGCCUGUGCUACACCUCGCACAACUCCCUGGCCCGGCACCUCUUCAUCGUGCACAAGCUGAAGGAGCCCCAGGCGCUGACGCGGCGCAACGGCGCCGACGGCGCGCAGCAGGAGAACCAGCCGGGCCCCGGCGACGCCGCCGCCGACACCAAGUGCAAGGUGUGCGGCAAGACCUUCGACACGGACGGGGCCUUGAACACGCACAUGAGGACGCACGGCAUGGCCUUCAUCAAGUCCAAGAGGCUGUGCACUGCCGAGAAGUGAGGCUCUCUCCCCCCCCUCCUCCCCCACCACCGCACCGAGACUGUCCGAGCGCAGCUACGUCUGCGCUCAGCUUCAUUUCACAGCCACACGGUGUAAAUACACACGUACAGUGAAGACCAAAAUGACACUACACUCUCUCACACUCCUUCUCUCUCUCUCUCUCUCUAUACGGACACACGUACAUACAUAUAUAAAUACAUGUCUCUUAAGUGUUUAAAAAAUGUAAUAUAUUUAAAGUCGAUUUAUGUAUAUUUAAAAAAGAGAACACAUUUUGUAUACUUUAAAAUGGGUGUUUGUAUGGGUGUUGAAUAGAUGUUUUUUUAUAGGAAAUUUUAUUUUAAACGUUUUCAUGGUCGUCUUCUCAUUUUAGUCCAACGUGUUAAUCGGUGUUAAGGUUAUUUCUUCCUCAAACGCUGGCAGUAUUGAAUUUUAUUACUGCUGCUGCAGUACACAGAAUAUCCAAGGAAUUGCUCUUUACUUUAGCAUUACGCCAUCGUCUGUCAAAAUCAAAACAAUCAGCCUAAAAGUGACAAGAACUGUAUUACUGGGUAAACCUUUCUCGUUUGGAAGAAGUUGUGGGUGUUGAACAGAGUUUCUUCCAUGCUUUUCUUCCAGAACAUUCCAUUCUGAAUUCGUUAUUUAUUUUGUUAAUUUAAAUAGAAUAUCCAGCGUUACUGAGAGAAUAGUUUUGGAGCUAAUCUAUUCCAAACCUAAUAUGUGAGUUGCAGUAUUUUUAUUAUGCUUUACUCAGUUGGAAACCAGCUGUGCUUCGUUAAAAGACAGGAGACGUUGACGUUGAAUGGGAAACAACUCCGGAUGUCUUUUGUGUCUUUAUUUUUCUUCUCAGGCAGCUCUUCGGUGUCAUAACUGAAGGAGUUAUGAUCGCAAUGCGUCUUUUUUUGCACACAACACCUUUUGCUUUUAGCUAAGUUUUUGGAAGCACUUUGGAGGCAGUUUGGUAACCUGAAUUGAGCUGAAAAAGCUCGCUAUGAGUGUCUUACACGAUAUGUAAGAGUAGCAGUGUGACUGAACCAUUUAUAAUUAUUCAUAUAGGAGGUAUUGGUACAGUAUUAUGUGUCAAGCCAGUCUCUAUAGUUGUAUAGCUAAUAUGCAUGGCCCAAAUCUGUGUGAGUUCAGUUAACUUUUGCUGCUCUUGAAACUAUGAACUGAUAUACUUUGUAUCCACAUGCCAUAUGAUUUCUGCUCAUUGUGUAACCUGCCAUGCCCCAAAGUCCACCUCUCAGUCAGGGCAGGCUGUGGGGGGGGAUGGAGGAGGUGGGCAUGUGUCUAAAGACCGCCAUGUUCCUCCACUCAUUCUUACUCUCAUACUGAACACAUACUCCCUAUUCCAGUUCACCUGUUUGCUCCUCAAAACCUGCGGCUGAGAUGCUUAUUUUCUUCAGUUUUCUGGAUAUUUCUCUUUAAGUAUGCUUGGCUCAGGCAGGUGUUGAGCUCAGACAGGUGUUGGGCUCAGGCAGGUGUUGGGCUCAGGCAGGUGUUGGGUUCAGACAGGUGUUGAGCUCAGGCAGGUGUUGGGCUCAGGCAGGUGUUGGGCUCAGACAGGUGUUGGGUUCAGACAGGUGUUGAGCUCAGGCAGGUGUUGGGCUCAGGCAGGUGUUGGGCUCAGACAGGUGUUGAGCUCAGGCAGGUGUUGGGCUCAGGCAGGUGUUGGGCUCAGGCAGGUGUCGAGCUCACACAGGUGUUGGGCUCAAGUAGGUGUUGGGCUCAGGUGAAUAAUUCCCUAUGCUGAUCAUGAUGUGUGGAUGUCCCGCCCCUUUCCCAACACUCUAUAAAACACUCCCUUUCAGUGGGUUCAGCCAAGACCAAAAUGUGGUGAGCAGUGGAGGCUCUCCAGUGAAACUACUGUUCUUCUGCGUCUUACCGAUCGUCAGGGAAGCAUCGUCAGAAAACAACUCCCAGAGCUGUAGCAUUACUUUACUCUUAGCACAUUCUGUGAAUUGUAAACGGUGGCAAAGGAAGUGGGCAGGUGUACGUUUUAUUUUAAAAAGAAAGACUUGCCUUCCGAAGUUAAGAAUGUUCAUGUAAAUGUGGAACUGGAAACGGUUACCUGUUCUUAGUCAGCGAUUAGCUGUAGCCACUCCUCAAUGUCUUUAAAUCUUGAACAGUGUUUUACAUUUUAAGAGAGAGAUUGACAAAAUAUGAAGAAAAAAACAACUUUAUAAUUGUGCUUUUCUUUUCUCUGUUUUCUUUUUUAUGUCAUAUAUCCCUUAUAAGGACACAUUGUUUUUUUUGUUUUUUUUUACUUUUUAAACUAAAUAUUUUUAUGUAGAAUUAUAACUGCAUGAGAGAAGCCAUUAAUGGCUGUUAUCUGUUUCUUAGAAUGUGUCUUGCUGCUGUUAAGUAGAGAUGUCAAAUGCUCCCGUUUAAAUGGUUAUUGAUGUCAAUAAAUGAGUAAACCAGCA